AUGCUAUGCUAUCUAUAUACAUUUCUUUUAUUGUUUACAAGCAUUCAAAGACAAUUAUCUAUUAGAAUUUCCACAUUUCACCCUAUACAUAUUCAUUUCCUCAUGUCUAAGCUUGUUAAAAAGCUAGCCUCCCAUAAUGGUUCUUUCCAUUGUGAUGAUGCCCUUGCAAUAUCCCUAUUAAGAAUGUUGCCAGAGUAUGCAGAAUCACAAUUAAUUCGCACCAGGGAUCCUGAAUUACUUGACAAAUGCGAUGUUGUUGUAGAUGUAGGUUCGAUAUAUGACCCACAGAAUUGUAGAUUUGACCAUCAUCAACGUGGUUUUAACACUUUCUUUAGCGAUAAACAUCAUGUGACCAAGCUCAGUGCCUCUGGUUUGAUAUAUAGACAUUUUGGCAAGAGAAUCUUAACAGAAAAAUUUGCCGUCAAACCAGAACAUCUAGAUAUCGUAUAUGUAGCAGUUUAUGACUCAUUUCUGGAGGCUAUAGAUGCUAUUGACAAUGGAGUAGAGAUCUGCGACGGGAAAUUAAAGUACCGUGAUAACACUGGUCUUUCUUCUAGAGUAGCCCUUCUUAAUCCAACAUGGUUGGAUGAAAAUCCAAAUUAUGAUGAACAAUUCGAAAAAGCAGUAACACUUACUGGCAAUGAAUUUGUCUCUGCAGUAAAUAGGGUGUAUAAUAUUUGGUUUCCAGCAAGGGAAAUAGUUUUAAAUGCUUACAAUAAUCGCCUCAACGUUCAUAAAUCAGGAAAAGUUAUUGAAUUAUCCAGACACUGUCCAUACUAUGAACAUUUAUACGCAAUAGAAGAGUCAAAUCGGGAUAGUAGCAAUAAUAACAUAAUUUAUUUUGUAAUAUUCAAAACCCUUAAACAGUGGCGUUGCACUUGUAUGAGAAACAAAGAUUCAAGUUUUAUCUGUAGAUUGCCCUUCCCUGAACAUUUAAGGGGAUUAAGGGGAGAAGAAUUGGUUAAUAAGUCAGAGAUAGAAAAUCUCGAAUUCGUCCAUCAUUCUGGAUUUACUUGCGGUGGGAGUACUAUGGAAAGCAUCAUACAAUUAAUAGAUAUGACGUUAGCUAACUAA